GCGAACAUGGCCGAGAAGCAGAAGCACGACGGGCGGGUGAAGAUCGGCCACUACGUGCUGGGAGACACGCUGGGGGUCGGCACCUUCGGCAAAGUCAAGAUUGGGGAACACCAGCUGACAGGGCACAAAGUGGCCGUUAAAAUCCUCAACAGACAGAAAAUAAGGAGCCUGGAUGUGGUGGGGAAGAUCAAACGAGAAAUUCAAAACCUUAAACUCUUCCGGCACCCUCAUAUCAUCAAACUGUACCAGGUCAUCAGCACUCCAACGGACUUCUUCAUGGUCAUGGAAUACGUGUCCGGUGGUGAACUGUUCGAUUACAUCUGCAAGCACGGACGUGUCGAAGAGGCAGAAGCUCGCCGCCUUUUCCAGCAGAUCCUCUCGGCGGUGGAUUACUGCCACAGGCACAUGGUUGUCCACAGAGACCUGAAACCAGAGAACGUGCUGCUGGAUGCUCACAUGAAUGCAAAGAUAGCUGAUUUUGGGUUGUCCAACAUGAUGUCAGAUGGCGAAUUUCUGCGCACCAGCUGUGGUUCCCCAAAUUAUGCAGCUCCUGAAGUCAUCUCUGGAAGGCUCUACGCUGGCCCAGAGGUGGACAUCUGGAGCUGUGGUGUCAUCCUCUAUGCCCUUCUGUGCGGCACUCUGCCUUUUGAUGACGAGCACGUGCCCACCCUCUUCAAGAAGAUCCGAGGAGGUGUCUUCUACAUCCCUGAAUACCUCAACCGCUCUGUUGCCACUCUCCUCAUGCACAUGCUGCAGGUCGACCCCCUCAAGCGAGCCACUAUCAAGGACAUCAGGGAACACGAGUGGUUUAAGGAGGAGCUGCCCAGCUACCUGUUCCCGGAGGACCCUUCCUAUGACGCCACAGUCGUUGACGACGAGGCGGUGCGGGAGGUGUGCGAGAAGUUCGAGUGCACGGAGUCGGAGGUGCUGAACAGCCUGUACAGCGGCGACCCCCAGGACCAGCUGGCCGUGGCUUACCACCUCGUCAUCGACAACCGCCGCAUCAUGAACCAGGCCAGCGAGUUCUACCUGGCCUCCAGCCCCCCCACCGGCUCCUUCAUGGACGACAGCGCCCUGCACAUCCCGCCCGGGGUCAAGCCGCACCCCGAGAGGAUGCCGCCCUUGGUGGCGGACAGCCCCAAGGCGCGGUGCCCUCUGGAUGCCCUCAACACCACCAAGCCGAAACCCCUGACGGUCAAAAAGGCCAAGUGGCACCUGGGAAUCCGCAGCCAGAGCAAGCCCUAUGACAUUAUGGCCGAGGUGUACCGUGCCAUGAAGCAGCUGGACUUUGAGUGGAAGGUGGUGAACUCCUACCACCUGAGAGUGCGCCGCAAGAACCCGGUGACAGGCAACUACGUCAAGAUGAGCCUGCAGCUCUACCAGGUGGACAACCGCAGCUAUCUCCUGGACUUCAAAAGCAUCGAUGAUGAUGUGAUGGAGCAGAGGUCCGGCUCAUCCACUCCUCAGCGCUCCUGCUCCGCCGCUGGCUUGCACCGGCCGCGGCUGAGCAUCGACGGCGCCGCGGCUGCCGAGUGCCAGUCUCUGAUGGGCUCCCUGAGCGGCUCCUUCGUUGGCAGCAUCCCCUCGGUGCCACCACGCCUCGGCAGCCACACCAUGGACUUCUUUGAGAUGUGUGCCAGCCUCAUCAUGGCCCUGGCUCGCUGACAGUCAGGACUGAGGCGCUGGUCCUUCCGCACAUGGGAUUGCACUGUGAGGAUCUGCUCCUUGUUUCUUCUGCUUCGUCGUUGUUCCCCCUCCUCCACCCCUCGCCACUCCACAGCCUGCAACAUGGAGCCAAUUCCCACUCCCAAAGUAUUCUCCUUUUUAAGAAGGCACUGAGGAAAUGAAGAACAGUUCCAUCUCACUGGUUAUCCCGUGGUGAAAUGGAUCCAACACCCACUCUUUUCUCCUAGUGAACCGAAUGGGAAGUGUUGGCACGGCUAUGAAGUAGAAAAUGUGUCACUGACUCUUCGAUAAAGGCCUCUUCCCCACCCCGAUUCACCCUGAGUUAAUGGAGCCAUGGCCAAGCUUUCUUCCAUAUAGGUAGUGUGCAGUGAGGUUGAUGUUGUGUUCCCUUUGCUGUGCAGAGCAGGGGCAGGUUGGUCUAAGCCAGGUCAGAGUGAUCACCCAGGAGCUACACUAAAUGGAGGCAGAGAGGUAAUGAGACAGCUCUGCAACAUUCACAGCAGGGUGCUGAUGGGGCUGCUGGCCUCUGGUAACAUUUUCCUCCUCCAGCUAGCAGCUGCUGA